AUGGGCCGACUAAGCUACCCCUCGCAGCUGGACAGCCCGUCCAAACAGCUAGUAUCCGACCUGGCCAGGGAUCUGGAGCAAUUGCGAGUCCACAACACCGAGCUGAAGAAAGUGAAAGCCUACGAACGCCGGUCAUUCUACGAGAAUCUCGAUCGAGCCGAUAGCGAGCUAGAAGCCGUCCACAACGCCGCCCUCGACCAGGUCGCUGCGCGCCAUGGCCAACUCUUGGAGGAGGCCGAAGAGACCCUGCGUGUGCAUCGCCGAGCGGUAGAGGAGGAACGACUUCGAAAGGCGGAGGAGGAGCGCAAGGAAGCAGAGCGAGUGGCACGGGAGAAGGCCGAGAGACAGCGUCGGGAGCAAGAGGAACUUGCUCGACGCGAGGCCGAGCGAAAGGCCCAGGAGGAAGCGAGGAAGAAGGCCGAGGCCGAGGCCGAAAAGAAACGACGCGACGAACAGGCGGAACGAGAACGCCAGGAAAAGCAACGAGUGGAGGAGGAGAAUCGCAAGCGUCAAGCAGAGGCCAAGAAGGCCGAGGAAGAAGCCGCUCGAGCCAAAACCGAGGCGGAGCAGAAGGCGCAGGCGGAGCGGAGGACCCAAGGUGCCAAUGGCCGGCCCACGGAGGCCGAGAUAAAGGUGCACAACCGCUAUGUGGAGCUGCAUCAGCAUCUCAAGAAGUUCCGGCAGUACAUGAGAGACCAGGGCAAAGCCAACAACGCAGUCAAGCAAAACAUGGGAGACAUGCGUCGAUCCAUCAAGAAGUGCGUGGGUCAGCUGCGUGAAGGCAAAGGAACCAAUAAAACCCAGCUCCAGGAGAUCAAAACGACGCUCGAAAAAGCCGCUUCCAUCCCCGAGCCCUCGGUGGACAUCCGCCAGUUCCUGGCCUUCCCACCCCCAGAGAUCGCCAACUCCGAGAAUGAGAAGGUGCCGGCUCUUCUGAUCUACGCGCUGAACAUGUUUGCGAAAAGUCUAAUCGCAUCGCUCCUCAACGAGGCCUCGCUUAACCACGGUCACGCGGAACCGAUUGGCAUCGUCGCAGCACAGAUCUUCUCGAUGGAUGCGUUUAUCUACAAAGGCUGUCCCAUGGUGGACAUCCUAUGGGCCAAAUACCGAGUCGUUUGCCCGGGCUUAUGGGGAUUCUACGGCAGCGAAAAGACAGAAGGCGGCCGCAAGGCCCUAGGAUGGUGGCGGGACGGACCGGGUGGCCCAUAUAUCAGCGAGCAGAUGCACGCAGAGCGAAUGACGGCCUUGGGAGCCGGGUUCGCCGCGCUGACCUUGCGUAACUUUGGCAAGACCCCUCGAAAGAACCCCUUCCCCAACCACAUGUUCUGGAGGGCUAUGCACAAGAUUCUGUCCAUUCCGCCGUCUGACAUUCAAGAGACACACUUCAUCCUUCUUUCUGCGAUGCUCAAGUCUUCGGCCGAGCGGAUUGUCAGCUUUUUUGGACAUGUCGGGCUGGCUAUGAUGCGGAAAGCCAUUGUCGAGCUACCCUCCACCGUGCCCCGUCAAUCAAUGGGCGUGACGCAGCUCAAACUUCUCAAGGAUCUAUACCAAAAGGAAAGGCACAUCAUCAUUUGA